CAUCCAUCAUUGUACCCAACAAUCCCUUUCAUCCUUAGAAUCAAAAACCUCAACUUCCUUCUUCUCUUCUUCCUCUUCAUCUACACAUACAUACGAUGACAAUACGUACAUGAAUACAUAGAUACACCUUCCAAAUCUCUAUAUAACCUUUUUAUUCUCCUCUUCCUUUUUUCCCUCUCCCCCAAUUUCCUCACUUCUCUCUCUCUUUAAUAUCUUCUCAUUGAUCAUCGACCAACCAAAACCCAAAACCAAAAAAAAAUAAAAAUCAGAUCUUUGAAAGCUUUCUUCUUUAUUAUAUACAUAACUCAUCAAAAAAUGGAUCCGUCCUCUGCAAACUCAGUGAACGGAUUCUACUCAUUUCUAAACAGAUCAAUGGAAGAUCUCGAAAGAGUUUACCUUUCGAACAACUUCAUGUCCGUACACUUCUUACAGAGAGCUCUCUGUCUUCUCCGCACAUCUCACUCACAUCUCACUCUCUUGGUUCAGAAACUUCAGCUUCCCGCCGGUGACAAAUGGCUCGAUGAGUAUAUGGACGAAAGCUCCAAACUUUGGGAAGCUUGUCUCGUCAUCAAAUCCGCCGUCUCCUCCGUCGAAAACUUCUCCUCCGCCGGGAUUUCUAUCGCUUCCACACUCGAUGGUCAUCACCACCACCGUCGUCUCUCACCUCAGCUUUCUCGUCAGGUGAUAAGGGCAAUAUCAGGAUGUAGGAGAGAAGCGAUUGGGAUAGAGGAAGUAAACAGAGCAGUAAUGGAGAACCGAGUUCAAAGGUUUCCGUUUUGGUCGGAGCAAACGUCGGCGACGGCGAUAGAAUCGUCGACGAAGCUACAAAACGGAUUCAGCGGUUUCCGAGGCGUGCUUUACGCGACGAGGAGCAUGAGUUCGCUUCUCCUCAUGGUAUUAAUGAACGGUCUCGUCUACUGUUUCCCUGGAGACGCAACAACGCAGACACAGACGCAGAUAAUAACGCAGAGUCAAGCCGGAGGUUUCGCCGGAGCGAUGGGGAGGUUGCAGCAGAGAGUGGCGGCUGAGGUUGGGAGGAUGGGGAUGAGGAAAGGGAUACUGAUGCAUGAGUACCGACGGAGCAAAGCGGCGUUGGAGGAGCUUAAAGCGGAGCUGGAGCGGCGGUUCUGCGGCGGAGGAGAGAGGGAGGAAGGGGAGGAGGAAGAGAGGGAGCUGCUGAGAGAGAGAGUGGAGAAUCUGAAAGGGUAUUUUAGUAAUUUAAGGAAUGGGACAGAGAGUAUUGCGGCCCAAAUCGAUGAUUUCUUUGAGGAAAUUGUUGAAGGAAGAAAAAAGCUUUUGGAUUUCUGCAGCCAUAGAUGAAAAAUAAAUGAAUCAUCUCUCAAAAGCUGACAUUUUGGUUUUAAUUUUUUCAGUUUAUCAAAAAAAAAAAAAAAAUGUGUAGGCUUUUAGGCUUUUAGAUGAAUCAGUUGGUAGGGAGUUGUUGUAACUUUUUAUUUUAUUUUAUCUUUGUUGUUAUGAAAAAAAAAAUUUGGAAUUUGAGAAUUUUGUCAUUCUUGCUCUAUUUUAGUAUUUUGAUGUUUA